UACUGGUCUCUUCAUAUAAUAUUAAAAUGCAGUACACGAAAUUCAUUUUUAUAGGUGUAAUAUUCUACAUUCCCGAAACGUUCUGUUCAUGGACGUCAUGUCCAGAAAACGGAGUAUCAUAUUUGUUUGAAGACCAAAAAUUGAACUGGACAGAUGCAGCUAGACAAUGUGAAAAAGUCGGGGGAGGUUUAGCGAAAGUACAGUCGAUUAUUGAUGCAAAUUGUAUCUCCAGACACUUAAAACAAAUUGGUGGCCCUUUUUUCAUUGGAGGAAACAAAUCCUCGUCUGGAGAAUGGACGUGGAUAGAUGGUACUCCAAUAACCCAGCCGACAUUCUGGGCUCCAGGAAAAUAUAAUAAUAACGUGGUGGGCCUGGAGGUACUGGACACGAAUUGCCCUGCUACCUCCGAUCACAUGGCAUACGUCACAGCACCUGUCGUGACGUAUACCUAUCCUCGCUCUCUUUUCUGUUACAUGCUGCAGAGAACGGACGUGUCUCUGUUAGCUCCGUCAUUAUUGUGUAUUGUAUAUUUUAACUGCGGGCACUAA